AAGAUGGAGAGUGAUGAGGACUCGGAUCGAGGCAGCGACCACAGCGGGCUCAAGAGAAAAUCCCUGGCUAUGAAAAUGCCGGUGGCAAAACGGCCUCGGAAAUCCUCCAGUGACCUGGAUCAGGGCAGCCCCUCCCUGACAGAAGAGGAGAACUCAGAAACAUCUUCUGAGUCAGAAAAAAACAGCGACCAGGACUUCACUCCUGAGAAGAAGCCGGUGGCCAGGGCUCCCCGGAGGAUGCCGGCAGCGGGGAGGAAGAAGAAGAAAGUGGAGUCUGGCUCUGACUCAGACUCCAAGGUGGACUCGGAUUUGGAAAUGGGAAAUGCGACUGUGGACAUGACCAAGUCAGACUCCAACUCCGAUUCAGAUUCAGAUGUGUCUGUGAAGAAGGCUCCACGGGGCAGGAAGCCAGCUGAGAAACCCCCUCCCAAACCCCGUGGCAGGAAACCGAAGCCUGAGCGUGUCCCAACCAGCUCCAGCAGCGACAGUGACAGCGAUAGCGACGUGGAUCGCAUCAGUGAGUGGAAGAGACGAGAUGAAGAGCGACGACGGGAGCUGGAGGAGAAGAGGAAGAGGGAACAGGAGGAAGAGAUCCGGCGACUCCGGGAGCAGGAGAAGGAGGAGAAGGAGAAGAGGAAGGAGAAGGUGGAGAAGAGUGAGGAGAUGCACUCGGACUCAGACAGCAGCGCAGAGGAUGAAGUGGCCAAAAAGGGACGGAAAGGUCGGGCCAAGGCCCCGUCCUCCUCGGACUCUGAACUGGAACUGGAGAAAGAGGUAAAGAAGCCAGCAAAGAAGCAGCCCUCAGAGUUGUCAAGGAAACCAAAUCAGAAGGAGAAGAGGGGCCGAGCAGAGGAGAAACCACGGAACAAACCUUUGAAAGUGGAACGAGGCCGAAAGAAAUCUGACCUGAUCCCUGAAAGGAGGAUGGAGAAGAAAAAGGAGCCCACAGUCGAAGAGAAACUUCAGAAACUUCACAGCGAGAUCAAGUUUGCCCUGAAGGUGGAUAACCCGGACAUCAAGCGGUGUCUGAAUGCGUUAGAGGAGCUGGGCACGCUCCAGGUCACCUCUCACAUUCUCCAGAAGCACACUGAUGUGGUGGCCACGCUGAAGAAGAUCCGUCGCUAUAAAGCAAACAAGGACGUGAUGGAGAAAGCUGCUGAAGUCUACACCCGCUUGAAGUCACGCGUCCUGGGACCAAAGAUGGAGGCCAUCCAGAAAGCCAACAAAGCUGGGCCUGAGAAGGAGAAGGGGGAGGUGGAGAAGGGCCAGGAGAAGCUGUCGGGAGGGGAGACACGGAAUGAGAAGGGGGAAGAGGAGACGAAUGCUGACUUGUCGGGUCCUGUGAAUGGUGAAUCCCUGUCCCAAAAAGCUGAGGGCACAGAGGACAAGGACAAAAGCCAAGGGCCAGGAGCUGGAGAGCCAGAGGUGUCCACUGAGGAGACCCACAACAACAUCCAGGACUAUCCCAAGGCCGAGAGAGCUCGUGGGGAGUCAGAGGCUGUGGAUGACGUGGAGGAGAGCUGA